AUGUCUCUUUACCCGUUUUUCGAUCCUAAACAUCUUUCAUAUAUGGGAGAAUAUAUGAGGGAUUAUAUGCCAGUUGCUACUAACUACGAUCCACCAACUUCAUCUUUGAAUGCUGAUAUCGUCAACACUGAUGAAAAAUUCUCAGUGAACCUGAACGUCUCCCAAUUUAAGCCAGACGAAUUGAAAAUCAAUUUGGACGGAAGAAAACUGUCAAUUCAAGGGGAACAAGAUGUUGUCACAGAUCAUGGAAAAUCUGCGAAAUCCUUCUCUCGUGUCAUCGUACUUCCAGAAGACGUUGACGUCGCUUCUGUAGCCUCCAGUCUAUCGGACGAUGGGAAAUUGUCCAUUGAAGCUCCGAAAUUGAUUCCAGUUCCUGGAAGAUCCAUUCCAAUUCGAAAGAUGCCAGCAAUUGACCAGCAGAAGUAUUAA